ACCCCCACCCCCUUACUUUUCGCUCCCGGUGGCCUUGUCGGGUGUGUUUUUGUUUUUGUUUUUGGUGGUUUUUUUGGCCUGUUGGAAAAGUCCCUGCUGCCCAGGAUGGGGGUCGGUGGGUGCUUAGCCCUGCCCUGGAGGUGCCUAGUCGUCCUCUGUCUCAGGCUGCUCUUCCUUGUGCCCGCAGGAGUGCCCGUGCGCAGCGGAGAUGCCACCUUCCCCAAAGCUAUGGACAACGUGACUGUGCGGCAAGGGGAGAGUGCCACGCUCAGGUGUACCGUGGAUGACCGGGUGACGCGGGUCGCCUGGUUGAACCGCAGCACCAUCCUGUACGCUGGCAAUGACAAGUGGUCUAUAGACAACCGCGUGGUCAUCGUCUCCAACACCAAGACCCAGUACAGCAUCAAGAUACACAACGUGGAUGUGUAUGAUGAGGGCCCCUACACCUGCUCCGUGCAGACAGACAAUCACCCCAAGACUUCACGUGUCCACCUCAUCGUGCAAGUCCCCCCCCAGAUCGUCAACAUCUCCUCGGACAUCACGGUGAACGAGGGCAGCAGCGUGACCCUCAUGUGCCUGGCCUUCGGCAGACCGGAGCCCACCAUCACGUGGCGGCACCUCUCUGGCAAAGGGCAGGGCUUUGUGAGUGAGGAUGAGUACCUGGAGAUCACAGGCAUCACGCGGGAGCAGUCCGGGGAGUACGAGUGCAGCGCCGUCAACGACGUGGCCAUGCCCGACGUGCGGAAAGUCAAAGUCACUGUCAACUACCCACCAUACAUCUCCAAUGCCAAGAACACAGGUGCCUCAGUGGGCCAGAAGGGCAUCCUGCAGUGCGAGGCCUCGGCUGUCCCCGUGGCAGAGUUUCAGUGGUUCAAGGAGGACACAAGGUUAGCAAAUGGGCUGGAGGGUGUGAGGAUCGAGAGCAAGGGCCGCCUGUCAACGCUGACCUUCUUCAACGUCUCAGAGAAGGACUAUGGCAACUACACGUGCGUGGCCACCAACAAGCUGGGCAACACCAACGCCAGCAUCAUCCUGUAUGGCCCUGGAGCGGUGCACGACGGAGGCAACGCAGCAUCCCGGGCAGCCGCCGGCCUCUGCCUCUGGGCUGCCCUCCUUGCUCGCCUCCUCCUCGACUUUUGAUAAGGGAGGGGAGGGUCCCGGGAGGCCCCAGCGCGCCUCUCCCCCGCCGCGGGCUCGGCCCGCCCCGCCGCCCGGGGACUCCUCUCCGUCGGACGGGCGAUGCACCGGAGGACCGGCGUCAUCGUCGAGCGUCCGAGGACGGCCCCGUCUCUCCCCGGUGCCGGGAUCCUUCUCGCCGCCGGUUACGCUGUACAGACCCCACCACGUGCCACCAGACUGCCGCCCGCCGCCGCCGCCACGGGGAUGCGGCUCGGCGCGGACGGGGCUCCCCCGCGCCCACCUCGUCUCCAGCGAGAGGGGGCGUGGGGCUGCGGGAGCAGGUGCCACCCGGAGCCAUGGCCGGGGAUAUCCGUCUCACAUCAUCUUGCUAAGCCGCCUAUGCCCAAAAAGACCCCAAGGUUGAAGCCCCCCCGGCUCUGCCUUCAGCCCUCUUGGUCCUGAAUGUCAGUUCUCGCCGCCAAAGCUCCUCCCGAAGCACUCCCGAUGUCGCUGACCCCUGUCACCUGGCCUCGCCUCUGCUCCCACACCCUUUCUGAGAGGGUCACCCAACACAACUGGUUAUCCUUCAAGGGGCACGGACCUCCUGCUGCUCUUGAUCCCAGCUCACGUCAGAUCCCACCUCCCCAGACACCAUCCCACCCUUCCUGACAACACGAGGCUGCUCUCCCAGGAAUGUGAGGACCUGCAGAACACCAGUAGCCCUUAGGUGGACAAGAGCCUUCCCACCAGCCUGGACACUGAGCUGCCUCUGCUCAACACAUUGGGUAGCUGGGCCAUCGCCCCUCCUCACUCCUGACCCCCUUUUGCUCUGCUGCUGCCCCUCUAAUGUAUCUUUGGCUCUUGCCCUGAUGCGCUGACGGCACUUGUCAUGGAGAUUUCUCCAGGCUGGUUUUCCAAGCACUUUCUGACCUGCACAUCAAAAGCACAGCACCACCAACACUGGGCAGAGGCACUGAAUGACACAACAAAACCAAAACUCCAGGUGACAAGGGGCCUUUUGCUAUGGCUCUGAUGCUCAUGGCCAUCUGCACACACCCAGAGGGGACAGUUCUGCACGCUCCUGGCCUCAAGGUCUGUACCUUGACCACUCCAUGCCUUGCUGGUCCAUCUCUUGGCAUGACCUCCCCACACUGUUCAGCCAAGCAUCUCUGCCUCCUCAAGGGGCAGAAAAAACACACAAGCCAACCCUGAGCUGCAAUGUCCAGGCUUUGCCUUUUCUCACACCUGCCACAUGCCCCUGUCCCAGGAGACUCUGACGCAUUCAGCCCUACAGAAGAGGGCUCAGACUUUAUUCUCUACUUCCUCCAGCCACCCUGGGAGCUUCUGCCCCCUUCCCUGCUGCUCACCACAGCAGCAGCCACAGCAUCUUCCUAUGCAGAGAACUGCAUGCCCAGAGGCACCCUGUGCAAUGUUCUCUCUCACUAGUUCUGUGGCAGAAGCCCCGAGGCUUCCUGAUGCUCCAUGUCUGCCCAGGAAUGUUUUGGGGCCACUCUCCAGGGACAGACCCCCUGUCCUCCUCCUGGAAAGUCAUGCACAGUGCCAGACCCUGUGCUUGUCACAGGGAAACUCGACUCUACAGCGACACACUGAGCAAGCACAUAAAGCAUUCCCUUGUCUCCACCCAACGCCUCCCUGUGCCUUGCCCCCAUCCUCCUCUCUUCAUAAGCGAGAUGGCUUAAUAGCAGUGGCCCCUCACACACCACCCUUCCCAUGCCAGUUCUGCUGCUGCCAAAACCUCCUUGCCCUGCUGUCCUGUGUUCUGUGGCUGUGAGGAACCUGGGGGCGAUGGUCCUUGGCACACAAGAUAGAAAACAAAACAUCCCCUGCCCACAAGGCCACAACGUGCAUCACCCCAUCCUCUAUGCAGCCAUGACCCUUCCUCAUCCCUGCACUCAAUGAGGCACCUGGGAUUGGCACUGAAGGUCACAAGGCUGUCACAAUAAGAAGUUACAGCUACAAAAUCUCUGUGGACACUACUGCCCCCUCAUCCUGGAUGUUCAACCAACAUGUACCACAGCUGACUGACACAAAAACUCAAGGUGGAGGGCUGCUCUGGCACAGGCCCAGCAUGCUGGCUUACCUGACUGGUGGGGAUCCGGGCAAGUCCAUGGCUUGUAGUCCCUGAGGUGCUGCUGCACCCCUUCUCCACUGGCAUCCCGGAAAGGAGGCACCAGCAGCGAUCCCAGUGGCCCUGGGCACCGUUACAGAGCAGGAAUGCCACUGUCUUCAGCCAGCACAGGGACACACACACAUCUUUCCCCUUGUGCCUGCUCCAAAAGUACCCUUGGGGCAUGGGAGACUCCUUGCCUCCAAGCCUUGCCUGGUCUGUGCCUCCCCUCCACCCCACCAUCUCCCCGUGCCAGCCCUAGAUUUCUCUCUCCUCAUGGCAGAAACACUGAACUAGCCCUGAACACACAGGGCCAGAGGCUGUGGUGUAUUGGAGAGUGGGGGCAUCGCUGCGCGCUGCAGCCAGCAGACGUGGCACCGGGCCUGCCCCCGCCUGUCCUUCUCCUCCCCCGGGUCUACUCUGCUCCCCUGCCCUCCUCCGCCGGGACGGCGCUCAACUUUUCUCGUGCCAUGUAACGUGCCAUUGUGAGGAACGUGUUGGCUGUCUGAGGCCGGCCCUGCCGUGGCUCGGCAGGGAGGCGAACCCCCGUUUGGAUGCCCGGGGGGCGGCCGGGCACCCGGGGCUUGGGGGAAGAGGGGGUGCGCUGCUCUCGGGUCUGUCGUGCCCGUGGCCGCGCCGGCCGGUCUGCAGUUUCCGUCGAUCAUUGUAUUCCAAGGGUGGCUCUACUACCUGAGAUUGUGCAUGUUACAUUGUAGUUGUAACCUUUUCUAAUUCGGCAAGAAUAAGAGAUGGUUGUGAUUGUGCAGUGUAUCAAUAAAGUUUGACGAACUUUGUACCCUCGGGGCUUUGCUUCGCAGACCCCUGCGCGCCCCCGGGCGGGGAGGUGGCGCCCGGCGCACCGAGCCCAGACGGCUCCCAAGCCCCCGGGGGCCUCCGUCUCUCCCGCAGCCUCACACAACGUCUGGAGCCUCUUUCCAUCAACCCCUGGAUGGUGAUGCUUCGAAGUUUUCAACCAGAGUCUGCUGCUGUUCAACUCGACCCCUGCCCCGUCCCAAGCAUCUCCCCUUGGAACUGGCUCCGCUGAUGGGUCCUGGCUGCCACCUGCCUUCGGAGCACAGUUGCUGAUGAGCACACACCUGCUGAUGUAGCCCCUGUGGGGUAAGGACCAGCUCUGCUCUCAUCGCUCACCUGUGCUCAGCAGAGCAGAACAAUCGGCAGCCUCCUUUCUGUCACUGAGCCAUUCCCAGCAUCUUCUCCACUGUCUCGUAACAA